GAGCGGCAGCAGCAUGGAGUCUGGCGCACGUGUCUCCGCGCUCUGGGUCUAUCGCUCCGCGGCGGGCCCCGGGCUCUCGGUCUCCCUGCGGAGCAGGCGCAUAAAGAAGCGGCCCAAGCAGAGCAAGAGGGGCGUGUCCGGGGAUUGUCCCGCUCCAGCGGGGCCCGGGAAGGGGGAGCAGCCCGGAGCCCCCCACCCCGGCCGGGGCGCAGCAGGAGGGAAGCUGGGAAGGAGCCGGAAGGGGAAGCAGAGAGACGGGUACUUGGACCCCCUGCAAAGCCAAACUUCGGAGCUGCAGGAAAUCCCCAGGCCGCAGCUGGCAGGGGUGGCACCGGUGGGAGCAGGAAGGGGGGCCAGCUGCCCGGGGCCCCAGGAGCCCAUCACCGGCCCCUCUCUGCAUGGCCUUCUCCAGGAGCUGGGUCGGGUCCAGCACAGCAGGCAGCGGGCAGCCAAGCUGUUUGAGUGGCUGAUUGCGCCCAUCUCCCCACAGCAGUUCUUUGAGCAGAGCUGGGAAAAUAAACCCCUCCUCAUUCGGAGACACAACCCAGCAUACUACCAGGGACUCUUCUCCACGUCCACCUUCGAUGCAAUCCUGCGGGACAAUGAUGUCCAGUUUGGGGUAAACUUGGAUGUAACAAGCUAUGUGGAUGGGACGAGGGAAACCCACAAUCCUGUUGGCAGGGCGCUGCCUGCUGUUGUAUGGGAUUUCUACAGGAAUGGCUGUUCCCUGCGGAUGCUGAACCCGCAGGCCUUCUCUGCCACCGUUUGGCACUUCCUCUCCAUCCUACAGGAGCAGUUUGGGAGCAUGGCUGGAGCAAACACAUAUCUGACACCCGCGGGCACACAGGGCUUUGCUCCACACUACGAUGACAUUGAAGCUUUUGUGAUCCAGCUUGAAGGGAAAAAGCACUGGCGGGUUUAUGGUCCUAGGGAUGAUACAGAGGUGUUGCCCCAGUUCUCGAGCUGUAACUUUGCUCAGGAGGAGAUUGGAGAGCCCAUUCUGGAGACAAUACUCGAAGCUGGGGACCUGCUUUAUUUCCCCCGUGGAUUUAUCCAUCAGGGGGACUGUCUUCCUGAUGCACACUCACUUCACAUAACUCUUUCUUCAUACCAGAGGAACUCCUGGGGAGAUCUUCUGGAGAAACUCCUACCAGCGGCCUUGCAGAUGGCCAUAGAGGAGGAUGUGGAGUACAGGCAAGGGCUCCCUAUAGAUUACUUAGAAUAUAUGGGGGUCCUGAACUCAGAUGUGGUUGAUUCUCGCCGAGGUGCCUUUAUAGAGAGAGUACAGAAUUUGAUAAAGAAACUGGUGGACUAUGCACCAAUUGAUGCUGCAGUGGAUCAGAAAGCUAAGUUGUUUCUUCACGACUGCCUCCCUCCCAUGCUAACUGAACAUGAAAGGGCACUGAGUAUACAUGGUCUUCCAGCCAGGUGGGAAGAUGGAGAUGUUCGUGAUGCUGAUAUACCGAUAAACAAAGGGACUCAGGUACGGCUGCUCCGUCACGGCAUUAUUAGGUUGUGUAAUGAAGGAAAUGGUGUGCUGCUGUAUUACACAACAGAAAACUCAAGAGUGUACCACAAGGAGGAGCCCAAGUACUUGGAGAUAGAUCCUGAGUUUACAGAUGGUAUUGAAUUUCUGCUUUCUUCAUAUCCAAAGUAUGUCUGUGUGGAGACCCUUCCAUGUGAUACCUUGGAUGAUAAGAUCUCCUUAGCUACCUUCUUGUUUGAAAAAGGCCUGCUGAUUACCAAGAAACCUCUGGUGCCUAUGUAAUUUGUUAAA